AUGACAGGUGAAAUAAUUACGCUUCAAAUAGGGCAAUGCGGUAACCAUGUCGGUAAACAAUUUUGGUCUCAAUUAGCAGAUGAACAUGGGUUGAAUAGAUCUGGUGAAAGUACACAGGCAACUACAAAUACAACUGAUAAUAAUGCGAAAACUAACAUUGCUAGAGAUGAUUUUACUACUCCAUUUUUCAAGGAGAAUAAUAAUUCAACUAGAUAUACACCAAGAGCAAUCAUGAUAGAUAUGGAACCAAGUGCUAUAUUCGACGUACAAAAUCAUUUCCCUGGAUUCUUUGAUGAUAGAAACACAUGGAUAUCUCAAGGGGAACUUGGUGCAGGUAAUACAUGGGCAAAGGGGUAUGAUUGUGGUACAACUAAUGAAGAUACAUUCUUGAAUAUGAUUGAUAAAGAAAUUGACUCUACUGAGAAUUUUGAAGGUUUCCAGAUAAUUCAUUCCGUGGCAGGUGGUACCGGUUCUGGUCUCGGUUCUAGCUUAUUAGAAGCUAUAUCAGAAAGAUAUCCUAAGAAGUUCUUAUCUACAUAUUCUGUUUUCCCCGGUAAAGAAUCAGAGGUUGUAGUACAACCUUAUAACACGAUAUUAACAUUAAGAAGACUAGCAGAAAAUAGUGAUGCAGCUAUAAUAUUUGAUAAUAACGCGUUACUUGAUUUGACAGGGAAAGUGUUUAGGGAUCCAAAGACAGACUAUGAUCAUACAAAUCAAUUGAUUGCAGCAACUAUGUCUUCUAUAACGAAUUCUAUUAGAUUCCCAAGUUACAUGUAUUGUUCUAUGCCAAGUAUAUUCUCCACAUUAGUUCCAUCACCAGAUCUACAGUUUCUAUCGCCAUCAUUUACUCCAUUCACAUCAGACUACGUUACACAGACACAAACUCAUCAUAAUACAUAUAAGAGAAAUAAUACAGCAUAUGACGUACUUUUAGAUUUAUUAGAUCCUUCCAAUUCUUUAAUAUCAAGUCAUGUUAAUAAUCCGACGUAUUUCAAUGUCUUUAAUACAAUUAUUGGUAAUGUGGAUAGAAAUGAUAUCACAAGAGCAAUAGGUAAAAUUCAACAACGUAUUAAUUUUGCACCAUGGGCUUCCAAUAUCGUUCAUGUAAACGUCGGAAGACGAUCUCCUUAUUUAAUUGAGAAGAAGACUAAUAAUACAUGCACAAACGAAAUUAAUGGUAUGAUGUUAGCCAGUUCUACACAAAUUUUGUCUGUGUUAGAUAGAGCUUGUAAGACUUUUGACAAGAUAUUUGCGAAGAAGGCAUUCUUAAAGACAUUCGAAGAUGGAAAUCUUUUCAAAAAUGGGCAAGAUGAAUUCAUUGCUUCAAGAGAAGUUGUUCAAAAUGUCAUUGACGAAUAUCUAGCGGCAACAGGGGAGGAUUAUUUAGACGAAGUGCUGAUACCCGACGAAAAUAUGUUUGGUGACUAUAAUGAUACUGUAGGUCAUAAGAAUAUAGAUGACGAAGGUGAUAAUAUUAUGUAA